CUGGCUGCAGGACACAUGAAGUCUCCAGUACUAUGAUGCCAGUGUGUGUACAACUGCAGAGGAGAGAGAGAGGAGCCGUUUGAUUUUGACGGAACUUGUUCAUUCAUCAUCUUUACUACUUCACUUCUCUGGGAUUGUGUGCCAGGCGCUUCUUCUUUUUUCUCUGAAAGUUUGAUUUCAGAUAAUAAUAAUAAUAAUAUCAAGAACAAUACCUAAGAAUACAGAAAGGGGGAAAUGGAGAUGAAUAACACCGGGUUCAACCAAACGGAGGGCGGACUGUUCAACAAGACAGAGGAGUUCUUCUGCUGCAACUUUUCCUCCGUGGUGACUGAUAAUGGCUUUGUGGCCGCAGCGCCGGAUGAGAGGAGCCUCUUCAUCAUGAGGGUGGUGCAGAUAGCCGUCAUGUGCGUGCUGUCCCUCACAGUGGUGUUUGGCAUCUUUUUCCUUGGUUGCAACCUUCUCAUAAAGUCCGAGGGGAUGAUCAAUUUCUUGGUAACGGACAGGAGACCGUCUAAAGAAACGGAGGCAGUAAUUGUAGGAGCCUACUGAUGGACAAGAACCUUCUGAUGGAGCCGGAUGGAAGUCACUGCCAUGAUCCAAAUAUAUAUAUAAAUCCUACACAAGUCCCUCUCUUUCACAUUGGUGUUUAGUUAAACCUCUGGACAGUUACUUGAACCCUGCAGGUGACAGGUGUUUAACCUUAUUGAAUGGCUUUUUUUGUUUGUUUGUUUUAAAGCCAGCAAAGACUCAGUCAUCUCCAUGAGGUAUAGUGCUUUUCAAGCCUCUUUGUUUAUAAAGUAUUCAGUCAAGCACUGUUGUAAUUUCAGUAGAAGGAGCACCUGUUUGUGAAGCAGCAUCCUUUUUCAUGCUGGUGACAAAGAACCUUCCCCGUCCAUGCUGCUUGUUCUUAACCUCUCAUUUUUGCCAACGCAGUGGGGAAAUUAAUGUUUAGGAUGAUGUGUAUGUUGUAUGUGUUUUUGCAUACAAUAUGCAAUAUAUUAUUACAUGUAUUUCUCUGGAUUUCCCCGGUGAUAAUUGUAUGAGUGUCUGCGUGGGCAAUGGAGAAAGCCCAACAUGCCAUGUACAUUGUUAAUUGGAAUAAAUUCAUUAUGUAAUUCAA